AUGGCAAUUUUCCUGCUCAUGACUGGCUUCUCGUUCUACAUUCCCAAGGGUAAGGCACAGAUUGCGGUAGUCGCGCUCGGCAUUUAUCUGUACACCAUGGCGUACUCACCUGGCGAGGGUCCCGUGCCAUUCACGUAUUCUGCGGAGGCGUACCCGCUGUACGUGCGCGACGUCGGCAUGUCAUUCUCAACCGCCAUGCUCUGGUUAUUCAACUUCGUCAUCGCGUUCACUUUCCCGCGCCUUCUCGGCGCGUUCAAGCCGCAGGGCGCAUUUGGGUGGUAUGCCGCGUGGAACGUGCUUGGAUUCGUGUUGAUCCUGUUGUUCGUGCCCGAGACGAAAGCGCUGUCGCUCGAGGAGCUCGACCAGGUGUUCUCUGUGCCGACGCGCAAGCACGCCACGUACCAACUCAAGGCGCUGCCGCACAAUAUCAGGAAGUACAUCUUCCGUAUGGAUGUCGGGGACCUGCCUCCGCUAUACGAGCAUGAGGGCGCCCUUGCAUCGCCGACGCACUUGGCGACUGCAGGGCACGCUUAG